CACUUUUUUGAUGUUCAAACUUAUUUCAUGUUCAACUUCUGCAGGGAGUCGAGAGGAAGGAGAAUUGCCAGCUGAUGCUGCUUCUCCCGGAGGUAUGGAAAUUGAGGAAACAAGCUUCGUCCAACAAAUGCAUGAUGCUCUGAAGGAAGGAUCGGCUGAUGUUCCACCCACUCCUGACGUUGAUCCAUCAGCUGCGGACACAGUCAAAUUAAAAGAAGCAGGUACCAGUAGUGGAGCUCUCGAAUCAGCCCCGACCAACGAAGGUAAAAUUAAUUGUCUUUUUGAGCAAAUUCGUCUAAAUUUAUGUGUCAUUUACGACUCAACACAUUUUGUAGAUGUCACAAUGCACGAAUCUGUUGGAGGAGAGACCACGCAUACAACAGAGGUCGAGGAAUUCAAUGAACAUCACCUCGAUUUCAAUCUCUCUGAAGGCGACCAUGAGUAUAUCUCCGACUUAUUAUCGGGGAAAACUCCUGGUGCAGCCACGGAAUCCAGUGUUGGAGUCGGUUCAACAGAAGCAGGACCAGUUACUGGAACUGAUACUACUAUCAUCACCGAAACAUCUGAACAACCGGAGGAAUCUCCUCUUAAAGAGUCUCUUAGUUUGGACCCGCCGUCCUCUGAGACUUUAGUUGAAAAAGUCCCUGAUGUAGCGGGUGCAUCAACAGCUACCAUUCCUGAACCAAUCUUGACUGUUCAGGAAUCCAGAUUAUCAUCCUUGAGCGAACCAAGUCAUGCUGAAGGUUCUUCCGUCGAAUUUGGUAUGCUUUAG